AGGUAAGCAACGCGCAACGCUCGUACCCGGCAGUCGGACUACAACACCAGAACGAUUCGGCCGCGAGCAUGGACGGAUAGUAGGCACGGACGCGAAAACGUUUUAGACCUUUUCUUUUUUCUCAAAAAUAAAAUCAAGCCGAACCGACCGUGGCUGACUCUCGCGUGCGCACACUCACACACAUCCACCUACACAUCUCAUACCGGUAAAAAUCGUUGCAUUUUUGCCCAGUUACUGCAAUUGUUUGUUCAAAAACAACUGACAUCUCGCUCUAACUCUACUACCGCGUGUAGUAUAAUAUACAUUUCCACGAAUCCAAGUGACAAAUGUAUAACGACGCGCAGCCAGACCGUGUGCGAACGCGUGUGAUCUCGUAGCCGUUUUCCAACAAGCCCGAUCGACGACGACGUCAUCGUCGAGAACGUGGUGCUUCAGCUGUGGAUUACAAUAUUUGUUCAUCGCUGCGGCGCCCAGGACCCGAUCCGGCCCGACCGGCGAAGAGCGACCGAGCCGCCAUUCGCGAGAGCCGGCGCACAAAACGAAACAAAAGAAUCGAGCCAAAUUUCUAUUUAUUGCUGUGGUGAUUGCGUUCGUUUUGCGCCCUCGAUGGGAAAACGAGCCACGACCAGUCUGCGGAUUAUCCAAUUGGAGGAGGAGGAAUCAGAAAUCUUUAUUCACUGAGCUGCAUACAGCUUUAUACCAAAUAGCCGAAACAAAAGAGAGUCGAAUGGAGGAAAGCCAAAAAAUUCAAAAUUGAAACUCAUCGAAAUCUAAUUUUGCUGAGUUGAACUGAGAGAAGACGUCCACAGAGAGAAGGUCCAUCGAAAUAUAUCAUCCAAAAACGUUUUUGUUGUUAAAAAUUGGAAGUUACGGAAGUUUGAAACGUUGAAAAUUUAGACAUCGACCGAUAGGAAGUGAUUUUAAAUCAAAAUGGUCGAGAGAAUUUUGGAGGAAUCGGAAAGUUUAGAGACAGUAUCGAGUGGCGAUAGCGGCCAUCAUCAUGACGGUGGCGAAGGGAGCGGCGGCGACAGCGGCGAUCAGAUGGACGCCGACAGCCGGGCACGUGAGCUGGCCCGUCGCAAAGAGGAGGCGAAGCGUCGCCGUCGCAAGAAGAAGCGCACCGGCUCCUCUCUGGUAUCAUCUUGUUUUCAAGAUUUGUACAAAUUGACCGGUGAGGUGUUGGGCGAAGGAGCAUACGCCAGCGUUCAGACGUGCGUGAACAUCUUCACCGAUCAGGAGUUUGCCGUCAAGAUGAUCGAGAAGGUCCCGGGGCAUGCACGAGCGCGGGUUUUCCGUGAGGUGGAGACUUUCCACCAUUGCCAAGGGCACCCCAACAUCAUUCAACUCGUGGAGUUCUUCGAGGACGACGAAAAGUUUUAUUUGGUUUUCGAGAAAAUCAAUGGCGGACAGCUGCUACGACGCAUCCAAGAGCACAAGUAUUUCAGCGAGGCGGCAGCGGCGGAGAUUGUACGCGAGGUUGCGUCUGCGUUGAGUUUCAUGCACGCGAAAGGCAUUGCGCAUCGCGAUCUCAAACCUGAGAACAUCCUCUGCGUGGACGCGGAAGAUCUUUUCCCGGUGAAGAUCUGCGACCUUGAUCUUGGUUCCGGCAUCCGCUUCCAGGCGUCCGUCUCCAGCCCACUGGCGACGCCGCAAUUGCUCACACCCGUCGGCAGCGCUGAGUUUAUGGCGCCCGAAGUGGUCGAGGCGUUUAUCGGUGACAAUGACGCUGUUGCGUAUGACAAGCGAUGCGAUCUUUGGUCGCUGGGUGUGAUCAUGUACAUCCUGCUCUGUGGUUACCCACCGUUUUAUGGCAAGUGUGGGGGCGAUUGUGGCUGGGAGCGUGGUGACAACUGCUCCGCUUGUCAACACCUCCUCUUCCAGAGCAUCCAGGAGGGCGAAUACGAGUUCCCCGAGGCUGAGUGGGGUCAUAUCUCCGACGAUGCUAAGCAGCUCAUCCGCUCGCUGUUAGUAAAGAAGGCGCGAGCCCGGCUAAGUGCUGCUGAUGUCUUGCGGCAUCCCUGGUUGCGGUACGCCAGUGAUGAUCAGGCGCUUCCAACGCCCGCCGUCAUCAAGCGCAACGACUCGGCGCGCGAACUAUCGCAGUUUGCCGAGAGUGCCAACAACGCGCACCGCGUUUACCAUCAGCACUUCAGCAUGCAACUGGACUACCUCGAGAAGCCGAAUCUGUACCGCGCACCGCCGCACGGCCUCAGUCCGCCGUCAGAGAGUCUUCUCAUGCAGCGACGCCUCAAGUGCAAGUCGUUGAUUCCGCUUGCCUCGCCGCCGGCGAUUCCCAGCCCGAGCGGUUGAUCGAGUCGCCGUUGCCGCGCCACCUCCGCCGACCUACUCUUCUUUACCUCACAGCCGAAAACCACAUUAAAGAAGAUUACUAUUACUAAACGAACGGUUUCCGACUAUUUUUUGCGUACGAUAGAAUUUGAAAUUUCAGUUACCCAGGCUCUGCGGCGUUGUGCGCGCGCCCGGAGCACGGCAGAAAAAAAGCACGACGCUGCGGAAUUUGCGAUUUCGUCGGCCGAUUCCCAGUGCACGUUGGGGAACGAUUCAUUUCUGACUUUUUGUACUUUUUUUCUCUUAUUAUUACUAUUAAGUGUUGAUACGACGCGCGGAUUUGCAACCCAUUCGUGUCACAAUCACAAAACGCAAACAAGUUUCAAGUGCUGGUGCGUUGCAACAAAUAUGAUCCUUCCAAAAAAUAAUGUUAUUGGACGCAAGUGUCAGUGCCAAACAUGCAAUCAGGAAUCGUGAAGUCACAAAUCAUGGGCAAUCGUACAUUUUUGAUUCUUGCUUGUGUUGCUUCCGAACGAUUCAAACCAUAAACCAUACCAUGCCAUACCAUGUGAACGCAAAAUGGCUGCCCGUCGUUUGUCCAUACCAUGUAAGCACAGACAGGCUGCGUUUGUUUUCAUGCAUGCGCGAAUUGUUGCGAAUCCACGCGUGCGUCUUUGAAGAUGAUGUUGAGGAAGGCGUCGAAGGCCUAGAGAGAUCGCUUGUAUUUUAAUACUUUCGUAUGAUGUGUAGCAGAGUCUACAAAUGUGAUAAAAAACAAAAAACUAUUACUAAGAGCUAGGAUAGAUCGUACCUGCUUUAGUUGAAGAUAUUGUAAAAUAUUUGGCCGCGCGCCGGCCGCGAACUGACAGUCCAUCAAGAGUCCUAUAUACGUUUGGAUAUUUUUUUAAGAUUUUGUAAUGCUCAAAGGGUGCAUAGGAGGGGGACGAGAACGAGUAAUAUGUAAAAAUGUUAUACUAGAGCUGUAGGAGCAGGUAGUGAUGUGUUAAGUCGAAGCAGGUGGUGAGAGGAAGGUGUGUAUCACGGGUUUCCAUGUGGAAACGAACAUGUUAAUUGAGAGCUGUGUUAACCCGACAAGCGAACCGAUCGAAUGAGGAUCAUAAACGGUUCGCGGCGAUGUGAUUAAUAACAGUGAUGAUGAUCAAUGAUUGAUAAUGAUGGCGGAAUCGAUGAUUGUGAGAAGGAGUUUGUGCGCUGUGUCCCCGUUCUUGAUUUAUAUAUAACAUCGAUGAAUCGAUGAGUUACAAAAAAAAGCAACAAAACGAAUAAGAAAGUUUCCAAAAAAGAGAUGAUUACUGAAAAAUAGAAAAAGGCAAAAACACUAAAAAUUUAAAUGAUUGAAUGAAUGAAAGGAGCAAAUUGUGAACGUGUGAUUGCGUGUGAUAGCAUUUACUACUGUAAAACUGUAACCUAAGCAGUACAAACACAGACUCUGUUGUUGAAUAUUCAUUUUUCAUUCAUGAUUCAUACGAGUGAAUGAACGAAUCGCAGGAUCAUGCAUCAUGAUGACAUUGUAAAAAUCAAUAUCAUAGCGCCAGAGCUGUGAGUGCCAUCUUAAUUAUUAUUAUGUUUUUUUUUUGUUUAUUCGCUGAUGAGGCGCUAUUCUUGCGCUUUGCAGUCGAAUCGGAAUAUCUGUUUUAUUUGACAUUUUUGUUUGUAACCUAAUCUAUCAACUCGAUGCAGAAGGCAAUGAUGAUAAUGAUAUGAAGAUGAUAGAAGCGGAUUGAUUGAAUUGAUUGUACCAAGUGUGCUUUAUUUCGUACGAAAAUAAAGACCUGAUUUUUAUAUAUGAAAAAAGAAAAAUUACAAUGAAGAUGAAAUGUUCAAUAAUAAAGAUAUAUUACCAAAAACAAAUGGAUAACUGAGAAUUGUAAACUGAAAACAAUCGAACGAAUGUCGAUGGCGUGUUGAUUUAGGGUUGAUCGUAAUCGAUGCUAUUACGAUCGAUUUGUAUUGUGGAGGCGGGUGAGAAUGUGAUGAUAUGACGUAGAGAGGUCGAAAGCAAAGCUAAUCAUGCAGCAGGAGGAAUUUGAAAUUACGCGAUGGUGGCUUUCGAGGUGUGAACAUUACCAUCCAAUUUUUUCUCUGCAAUUAUGUUGUUACUAUAAUAUAUUUUAUAUAAAUUUCAUUUAUAUUUCAAUAAAAAUGGUAGCAAUAUAAUAUCGA